CAUCCACUGAGGCUCUGGUCAGGAGUGAGUGGGUCUGGGUCCUGGUGGAGGGUGGGAGUGGGUCAGCAGCAAGGGCUGCUUCCGGGGCUGGAGGAAAAGGGUUCCCGGAGGUAUGAGGGCAGAUGGGGCCAGACUAUGCUUCUAUGCAACUAUGCUUCUUAUCUGGAGGUGGAAAGAGGAGAGGAGAGGAGGGAGGGAGCAUGUGGGCGCCUGUAAAUGUACCUGUGUCUCUGACACACACACACACACACCCCCCCCAGGAUGCUCCAGCCCAAGGUUGACCAGUGGGGCCCAGGAAUGUCCAGCAAUGCCACAGUAUCCAGAUACUUUCCGAACCUAAAUGUCCCCUUCUGUAAGUGAGGCAAGGAGCUGGCCACCUUGGUGUCCGGACUCAGCAAGGUUGCCAGGGAAAGAUGCCGCCCGGAAAAUGUUCAUCGGCAGCCUCCGAGUCAGGGCUGCCCCCUCCUCUUCUCACUCCCCUUCCCCUCCUCCUCCCCAGCUCUGCCGCUGGGCCCCCGCCCCCGCCCCGCCUCCAGUAUGCGAUGCGGGGCGGGCAGCGGGCAGAGCCGUGAGCCGAGAAACCCAGCGGACGCCGCCACCUGAUCCCAUCCAGGCGCGGAGAGGCGAGCGACGGGUGCUCGGUGCGCAGGGCCCCGGCGCCCUCGGACCCGCAGCGGAUUUCAGGAAAAGGGUUGGGAGGCGGCGACCACCCGCCACCGGGGACGGAGGCAGAGCCCGCGCGCCUCUCCGGAACACUGGCCCUGCUACCAGAGCCUCAGGAGCCCCCAUGAGUGCCAGCAGCGGGUGUCCUGGAUAGCAAGACCCUGGCUAGUCCAGGGGUGGGUACGCCAUCAUGCCACCCAUCCUCCAACGCCUGCAGCAGGCCACCAAGAUGAUGAGCCGCAGGAAAAUCCUGCUGCUGGUGCUAGGGUGCAGCACCUUGAGCCUCCUCAUCCACCAGGGUGCACAACUCAGCUGGUACCCCAGGCUGUUCCCUCUGAGCUGCCCGCCUCUGCAGGACUCCCCACCGCGCCCCAAGCACAUGACCGUGGCCUUCCUGAAGACGCACAAGACGGCGGGCACCACGGUGCAGAACAUCCUGUUCCGCUUCGCCGAGCGCCACAACCUGACGGUGGCCCUGCCGCACCCGCGGUGCGAGCACCAGUUCUGCUACCCGCGCAACUUCUCGGCGCACUUCGUGUACCCAUUCAUGAUGAGCACCGCCGUGGUAGCAGGAGACAUCAAGGUAAGCCCCACCACUUUAGUGAAUCCUACCACCCAAGGGGGUUCCACCACCAUGGAGAGUUUUGCCAUCAUGGUGGGCUCCAUCACGAAGGUGGGUCCCAUCACUCUGAUGCUUACGACCACAGCAAGCGCCAUCAUCAUAGAACCCACCACCACAGAAGGCCUCUUCAUCAUGGAGAGAGCUCUUCCCACCAUGGCAUAUCUCAAGACCCUAGUGAGCACCACCGCGGCCACCAUGGCCAUCCUGGUGAGCACCACCGCAGAGAGCUCCGCCAUGGGGACCAACAAAACCUUGCGGGGCCACAAGAAGGCGCACAGUGGGAACUUCUGCAGUAAGCUGUUCGAAAAUUGUUGCUCCCUCUUUUACGUCCUCCGGAAAAUGCUCAGUGUCCUGACCCAGUCCCUGUUCUUUGACGCCUUCAUCUUCAUCGUUGUCUGCCUCAACAUCAUCAUGCUUGUGGCCCAGACCUUCGCUGUGGUUGAGGUCCGGGGCGCGUGGUACUUCAUGGUCUUUGACUCCAUCUUCCUCUCCGUCUACGUGGUGGAAGCUUUGCUCAAGAUCAUUAGUAUGGGCCUCGACUAUUUUUAUGAUUCCUGGAACAUUCUGGACUUCUUCAUCGUGGCCAUGGCUGCGCUGGAGUUCACACUCGUGCAGUUCAACUCCCGCUCCUUCCAGCGCACCAUCUACAACCCAAACUUCUUCAGGAUCUUCAAGGUCUUCAGGAGCCUGCGGGCCCUGAGGGCCGUUCGAGUCCUGAAGAGGCUCAGCUUCCUGACCAGCCUCCAGGAAGUGACCGGGACCCUGGUGCGGUCCAUGCCGUCCAUCACGGCCAUCCUCGUCCUCAUGUCCACCUGCCUCUUCCUCUUCUCGGUGGUGCUCCGGGGACUGUUCCGCCAAUCUGACCCCAAGCGUUUCCAGAACAUCUUCACCACCAUCUUCACCCUCUUCACCUUGCUGACCCUGGACGACUGGUCCCAAAUCUACGUGGACAGCCGGGCCAACGGCGCCUGGUACAUCAUCCCCAUUCUCAUGAUUUACAUCAUCAUCCAGUACUUCAUCUUCCUCAACCUGGUGAUUGCUGUCCUGGUAGAUAACUUCCAGAUGGCACUGCUCAGAGGCCUGGAGAAAGUGAAGCAGGAGAGGGCCGCCCAGAUCCAGGCGAAGCUGCUGACUGAAUCGCUGAUGAAGCUCAACGAAGCAGAGCCUGAAGAGGUGUUGAGUGAACACACUAAACAGAAGCUCCUCAUCGAGAAAAAAUUUGGGGCCAUGACCACGAAGCAACAGGAGCUCCUGUUCCAUUUCCUGCAACUGGCCACGGCGGUGGAGCAUUAUCAGCAGAAGUUCCGUUCCCAGGCAUCCGUCAUUGAUGAGAUUGUGGACACUGUGUUUGAGGCUGGCGAAGACGACUUCAGGAAGUGA